UGUAUUAGAACAAGUAAGAGGUAUCACAGUAGAGAGAAAUCUGAUCAAACGAGAGAGUUUCACACACCAAACAAUUCACCGAGUGCAACAGCGAAAACAGGAAGUGACAAAUACGCCUUACCACACCUGUGGUAAGGCGUAAAUAGGAGAGUUGAAAGGAACCAAUACAAAACAUGAACAUAAAACGAGAGCAAAGCUAAGGAACCAGAGGACUAUAAUAAUAAUAAUAAUAAUAAUAAUAAUAAUAAUAAUAUUAAUAAUAAUAAUGAAACCAUUGUAAGUACAUAAAUAGGAAAGAAACACUAAGGGCGAGAGGAGAACACACUGGGAGGCAAAAGGAAACCAGAACUGUCAGAAAACAGAAAGCAAUAAACAUGAAUACAAAACCACAAACAAGAACAUCUAGCAAAACAAAACACAAAACCACAAAGUCCAAAAUGUCACAUCCUGACACUAAUGGUACUCACGUUCAUUUCCUUUACUUCAUUGUUGUUAGUAAGGUUUUACCUUAUGAGGUAAUUCCUUUAGGUUUAGUUUUGUUUAUUUUUUUGUGUUCUGUUUCUUAUGUAUUCUAGUUUAUUACCUUAGGUUUGUAUUUGUCCUUUUCCCUCGGUUAAGUGUAACAUUGUGUCUUACUUUAGCCCCCUCUGUGUUAAAUAGUCUCCCUCCCUCCGACUCCCUGCUUAUCUUCUUCCUCAGCUUCUCCAUAUUGUCUCCUGAUUAAGACUCCAGCAUCCAAUGGUAUUUUCCACCAUUUCUUUAUUACUUUUGUUCACUAUUGGUCAUCUUUCUUUGCUGGACCCUCUUGUUACACUUCCCGUUUUAUUUGGUUUGCCUGCAUGUUCCUACAUGCUUUCCUUACCCUGCUUGUUAAAAUGUUCUUUAAAAUUACACCAGCGUCUUGAAAUUGCAAUUAAUAAAAAGUCUCCAGUAAGUGAAGAGAGUUUUAAUAUGUUGCCAUUUUGUGUUAUAAUCCAUAAAAAAAUUUUAAGCUAUUCCUGUUGACAAAAACAUUGAUGAACUGUUCUUGGAUGUAUGCAGGAAGAAAAGAUGACAGCAUCUACAGGGUAUCUGCUGGAAAUUCUUGAGAAUCUAGAAGCAGAGGAGCUGAAAAAAUUCAAAUGGUACCUGCAGCAGCAUGGUACCCUGGAAAACUUUCCUGCGAUCCCAAAGAGUCGACUGGAAAAUGCGGACAGGGAGGACACUAUUGAUCAGAUGGUCCUCACCUACUGUAUAAACACCGUUGAAAUUGCUAAAAUUGUCCUUGGGAAGAUAUACAGAAAUGACCUUGUGGAGAACUUAUCACAGAAGUCUUUAAAACCUGCAGAUAUCCUUGGCGAGUGUCAACGAAAACUCAAAUCCAGGCUGCAAAUAAAGUACCAAUAUGUGUUGGAGAAAAUCACAAAAACACAAAAUUCUAAACUUCUUAACGACAUCUACACAGAGAUUUACAUCACAAAGGAGCAAACUGGAGAGAUCAACGAGGAGCAUGAAGUGAGACGGAUUGAAAUGGUGUCCAGUAAACCAGGAGCUGUAGAAACAACAAUCAGCCAAGAAGACCUCUUUAAAACUUUCAUGUCAACAGAAGGACCAGUGAAAGCAGUGAUAACAAAGGGAGUGGCUGGCAUUGGGAAAACAAUCUUGACACAGAAGUUUAUUCUGGACUGGGCUGAAUACAAGGCCCACCAAAACUUCCAGUUUGUUUUUCCAUUCACUUUCAAAGAACUAAAUUUGCUGAAGCAGAAAAGGUUCAGCCUGCUGGGGCUUAUUCAUCACUUCUUUCCAGAAACUAAGGAAGCAGGAAUCUGCAGGUUUGAAGAGUUCAAGACUGUGUUAAUCUUUGAUGGUCUGGAUGAGUGUCGACUCCCUCUGGACUUUUGUAGCAAUGAGAUUCUGACUGAGUCUACAGAGUCUACCUCAGUGGAUGUACUGCUCACCAACCUAAUCAUGGGCAAGCUACUUCCCUUUGCUCACCGCUGGAUAACCACCCGACCUGCAGCAGUCAAUCAGAUUGAUUCUGAUUUUGUUGGUAUAGUGACAGAGGUCAGAGGGUUCACUGACCCUCAGAAGGAGGAGUACUUCCAGAAGAGAUUUACUAAUGAGGAGCAGGCCAGCAGGAUCAUCUCUCACAUCAAGGCAUCCCGAACCCUCCACAUCAUGUGUCACAUUCCAGUCUUCUGCUGGAUCACUGCUACAGUUCUGGAGAGAGUGUUAAAAAAAGGACAAGAAAGUGAGCUGCCUAAGACCCUCACAGAGAUGUACAUCCACUUCCUGGUGGUUCAGACCAAACUGAAAAAUGUUAAGUAUCAUGAGAAAUCAGACCCAGGUGCACACUGGAAUCCAGAAAACAAGGAGAUGAUCAAGUCUCUUGGAAAGCUGGCUUUUAAUCAGCUGCAGAAAGGAAACCUAAUCUUCUAUGAAUCAGACCUGGAAGAGUGUGGCAUUGACAUCACAGAGGCCUCGGUGUACUCAGGAGUGUUUACAGAGAUCUUCAAAGAGGAGAUUGGGCUGUAUUGGAACAAAUACUUCUGCUUUGUCCAUUUGAGCAUUCAGGAGUUUCUGGCUGCUCUUCAUGUUCAUUUGACCUUUAACAACUCUGGGGUCAACUUGUUGGAAGAGGACCAGCCCUGUGAAAGUGAAGUCCCUAAAUACAAAUAUGAACCAAAUUAUCUCUACCAAAGAGCUGUGGACAAAGCCUUACAAAGUCAAAAUGGACACCUUGACUUGUUCCUCCGAUUCCUUCUGGGUUUAUCGCUGGAAACCAACCAGUGUCUUCUAAGAGGCCUGCUGUCACCACAAAAAAAGAAUUCAAAAACCGUUCAGCACACAGUCCAGUACAUCAAGGAGAAGGUCAGCAAGGGCUUCUCUCCAGAGCGAAGCAUCAAUAUGUUCCAUUGCCUGAAUGAACUGAAGGAUCGCUCUCUUGUCAAUGAGAUUCAAUGGUAUUUGAAGUCUGGAAGCCUUCGUGCAGACAAGCUGUUUCCUGCUCACUGGGCAGCUCUGGUCUUUAUUUUAAUGUCUUCAGAAAAAGAUCUGGAUGAGUUUGACUUAAAGAAGUACUCUGCAUCAGAAGAGGCUCUUAGGUGGCUGUUGCCAGUGGUCAAAGUCUGUAGAAAAGCUUGUCUGCAUGCCUGUAACCUAUCUGAGAGAGGUUGUGAAGCCCUGUCUUCAGUUCUUAGCAUCCAGUCGUCUGGUCUGAGAGAACUGGACCUGACAAACAACGACCUACGAGAUUCAGGGGUGAAACUUCUCUCUGUUGGUCUAAAGAGUCCAUACUGUCAACUGGAAACUCUCAGGCUUUCAGGCUGUCUAAUCACAGAGGAUGGGUGUGCUUCUCUGGCUUCAGCUCUUGGAUCAAAUCCCUCCCACCUUAAGGAGCUGGACCUGAGCUACAACCAUCCAGGAGACUCAGGAGUGAAGAUUUUAUCUGCUGGAUUACAGGAUCCAAACUGGAUGCUCAAGACUCUCAAUGUGGACCACUGUGGAGAGCACAGACUGAAACCUGGCCUAAAAAAGUAUGCUUAUGAGCUGACACUGGACCCAAACACAGCUCACACCAAACUCAAAGUCUCUGAUGACCUAAAAGAGGCGAGACGAGUGAAAGAAGAUCAACCAUACCUCGACCAUCCAGACAGAUUUGAUUACAACUGUCACCUAUUAUGCCAGCAGGGUCUGACUGGGCGCUGCUACUGGGAGGUUAACUGGGAAGGGAUGGUUCACAUAGCAAUGACUUACAAGAGGAUCCAAAGGAAAGGAAACAGCAUCCACUGCAAGCUUGGGGGAUUAAAACAGUCAUGGAGUCUGAUCUGUGGCUCUGAUGGUUACUUUAUCCGGGAUGAUAAUAAAGAGGCACCUGUCUCCUGUCCUUCCUCCUUUCCCUCAUCAUCUCUCUCCUGGCAAUCCUUGGUCUCUAACAGAGUUGCUGUUUAUGUGGACAGUCCUGCUGGAAUCCUGUCCUUCUACAGAGUCUCGUCUGACACACUGACUCAUCUCCACACCAUCAAAACUACAUUCAUGGAGCCCCUUUAUCCUGCGUUUGGCUUUCGCAAAUCUAAUUCCUCAGUGUCUUUAUGUUCUCUGUAGAACAUAAAACCUAGUUUUUGAAAAUUGCUUCAAUGCAUUGCAAAAGCAUUUAUUUCUCUUUGAGUUGUUUUCACUUUUUGUCAUUUUAGAACCACAAUUUAAUUAAUUUUGGAGGGAUUUAUGUGACUGGCCAACAAAAAGUAGGGCAUAAAUGUAAAAUAAACAACAAUUUAAUAAACAAUUACACAUUGAAAAACCUUACAAAUAAAAAUCGGAAAAGUGUGGCAUGCAUUUAUAUUGAGGCCUCUUGAGUCAAUACUUUGUAGAACUGCAUUUGGCUGCAGUUCCAGCUGCAAAUCAUUUGGAUAAUGUCUCUACCGGCUUACAUCUAAAGACUGACAUUUUUGUUUUUUCCCCUUUUUCAAAUCAUAGCUUUCAGAGUAUAAAGGGCAAAAUACAUAAACAUGAUACACUUUUCAGCUUUUUCAUUUUUGGAUAAAACUUUGUUAAAUUUCCUUCUACUUUGUAAUUAUGCACUACUAUGUGUUUGUCUAAAAUCCAGAGCAAAUUAAUUGAAGUUUUUGGUUGUAAAGUGAAAAAGUAUGAACACGUUGAAGGGUUGUAAAGUUUUUCGAGGGAUCGUACAUCAUCUGAUAUGAUCUUACAUCUGAUUUAUGCAAAAUGUUUUACAUAAAUCUUUUCCUACCCUGCCUGAUAUAAUCACUGGACAUUUUAGAGCAUUCUAACCCAUCGUUGAAACUAAUCAUUAAAACUAAUGAAGAAUAAAAUCAAUUGUAAUAUUUGAGCUUUUGUCAAAGACUUACCGUGUACAAAGUGCAAGCUGAUUGUAAGAUAAUCUUUAUGAGUACAAUUUUGAUACGUAUGUUGUUUUUACCCCCUCUGCUGGACAAAUGAUAGAACUACACCCUCUGAGAUCAAGUUAUAUUAAAAGGUUGUUUAAACAUAAAAGACACAACAACAAAAGCUUUCAUGUAUUUUUCUGUGGAUGUUAUUUUUUACUGUUUUACCAGAAUUAAACAGUAUUUCUCUAUGUAAGCUAAGCUCAAACAGAGGAUGUCAAAAUCAGUUUCAAGUGCUCACAGCACACGAACAAUAAGAAUGAAAAUAAAACCUUUAAAAGAAAUUAAAAAGGAUAAAGGUAUGUACAUUUAUUUAGCAUAAUGCCAGAUUCAUACAUACCACUGUCUCAUGACUUGUAGAAAUAACAGGAAUCUGGGAGCUUUAAUCAUGACCUGCUUCAGAUUAAACUGGUUUGGCACCAUUUUACACCAAAA